AUGGCUCCGCAGGCCUAUGCUGCGAUACAGCCUCCGAGUGAGGAGGGGGAGAAGCCGGUGACGGUGCUUGUUACGGGGUUUGGGCCCUUCCUCUCAAAAUACCCCCAAAACUCCUCCUGGACGAUCGCCUCCACGCUCCCCGCCCUCAUUCCAGCUUCCCCCCAAAACCCCACGCCCAUCCAUAUCCACACCCAUCACACGCCCAUCCGCGUCUCCUACAACACCGUCCUGGAUCUAAUCCCCACGCUACUUCCCCCAGGCAACCCAAUGUACCCAGCUCCCGACAUAAUCCUGCAUAUCGGCCUAGCAGCAGGCCGCUCUUACUACGCCAUCGAGUCCACGGCAAGGGGCCGCGGUUACGGCCAGAUUGCUGAUGUGGAUGGGAAACGGUUCACGGAUGGGAAGGCCGAUGAGAGGUUUCCGGGGAGUAGAUAUCCGCCGACGUUGGAGACGGGGUUUGGGAUAGGUGAUGUGCUGGGGAAGUGGAAGGGCUUUUUGGAUGGUGCUAAGAAGGACGAAAAAGAGAAGAAGGAGGCUAGUCCAGAUGUGAGAAUUAGCCAUGACGCAGGGAACUUCCUGUGCGGGUUUAUUUAUUACAAUAGUCUGGCGCAUUAUCUUGAGAAGGGGAAGGAAGGGGAGAAACCGGUUAUCUUUUUGCAUGUGCCGGAUUUGAGUGGGAGUGAGGAGAGGAUGAGGGAAGGGUGGGGAGUUACUGUUGCGUUGAUUAAGGCGUUGGUGGAGAGUAGAAGGGUAGCUGGCGAGAAAGUUGGUGGUGUACAGGGAGCUGUGAAUGGGAAUAGGGACGGGAAGGAGGGAGUGGGUGCAGGUAACGAGACUGACAACAAUUUUGCGUGA